AUGCCUUUGCCACUUUUGACGUCCGCCCCUGGCAAAGUCAUCAUUUUUGGAGAACACUCAGCAGUGUUCAACGAGCCUGCCAUUGCGGCCAGUGUUGCCUCCUUGAGAACAUAUUUAUUGGUUACAGAGGCUGAAAAUGCAGACAUUGUCGAGCUCGACUUUCCAGACAUUGGAUUGGACCACAAAUGGCACGUAUCAGAACUAUCUGGUAUGCCCGACCUUGGUGAACUAGGGCCUAUCGACCACUGCAAAGAGCUCAGUACCGAUCUAAACGCAGCAUUAGAACCACUACUUCAGUCAUUACACGGGUCUUUGAAAUAUCAUGCUGCGUACUGCUUCUUGUACUUGUAUGUGAGUCUGUGCGGCGCACGUUCGGGCGUCAAAUUUUCAGUCAAGUCAAGUCUGCCGAUAGGCGCCGGUCUGGGGUCAAGUGCGUCAAUUGCUGUAUGCUUGGCUCUUGCUAUUGGUAAACUGGGUGGUCAUCUGAGCUCCGAAGCUCAAAAGUUAACCAAAGAUGAGUUGAAAUUUGUCGACAGAUGGUCCUUCAUUGGCGAAAAAUGCAUACAUGGUACUCCAUCGGGUAUUGAUAACGCUGUGGCUACCUACGGAAAUGCAGUUCUGUUCCAGAGACAAGCUAAUGCAGAGACAAGAUCUGAGCAAAUUUCUGAUUUCCCACAAAUCCCUAUGAUCUUAACUAAUACAGGGAUUCCGCGCUCAACCAAAGUUCUGGUUUCUGGUGUAAAAGAUUUACUUACGCGGCAACCAGAUAUUGCAGUGCCGAUUGUUAAAUCAAUGGGCAUAAUAGCCUCGCGGGGGGCUCAAAUUCUGGCCGACCUGAGUGCAUCUAACUAUACAGAAUUAUGCGAACUGGUAAGAAUCAACCACGGCCUUUUAGUAGCACUAGGCGUUUCACAUCCGGGGCUAGAGGUGAUCAAAGGUCUUGGUGACUCAAUGGCAAUAGGAGCCACCAAGCUGACGGGCGCUGGUGGAGGAGGCUGCGCCCUGACCAUCUUGAAGCAAGAUGCGCCCGAGGAUGCGAUUACUAAAUUCAAGACAUCUCUGGAAUCCGCACACGGCUACAAGACUUACGUGACGGGAUUAGGUGGGCCGGGCUGCGCAUUUAUUGCCUCAGACCAAAUUCUUCAAAAUUACGAAUUGAUUGAAUCUCUUUUUGAUAACAAUGUAGCUGUGUCAAACUUAAGCGUGCUACUUCCAGGUAAAAGUUCCUUGCAAUGGAUAUACUAA